GCGAAUUCGUCGGUGCGGAGCCGCUGAGCUGCCGCGCUCAGGAGGAGGAGUGGCCGUGGCUGGGCACCUAGCAGCGCCUGACGCAGUGACAUUAUCUAAAGCAAAGAAGAAAGCAAAAUGUCCUCAGUGUCGUCUGAAUACACUAUUGGUGGGGUGAAGAUUAACUUUCCUUGUAAAGCUUAUCCAGCACAGCUUGCUAUGAUGAGUUCUAUUGUCAGAGGGCUAAACAGUAGUCAGCAUUGUUUGUUGGAGAGUCCCACAGGAAGUGGAAAAAGUUUAGCCUUGCUUUGUUCUGCAUUAGCAUGGCAACAGUCUCAUAUUGGAAAGCCAGUGGAUGAGGGCUUGAAUAAAAAGCCUGAGGUGCCAUCAUCAUGUUGUUGUGCUUGCCAUUCAAAGAAUUUUACUUACAGUGACAUGAGCACAGGCACGUCACCUCAUUUCAGUAGUCCAAGCAAGCUGUCUGAAAGAAAUGGGACUUCGUCACCCUGUCGAGACUCUCCUGAAAAAAAUACUCUGGCUGCAAAGUUAUCUGCCAAGAAACUGGCAUCGGUACAGAGAGAUGAUGAUGAUGAUGAUUUUCAAACAGAGAAGAAAAGAAUCCGACCCUUGGAAACUACACAGCAGAUGAGAAAACGUCAUUGCUUGGGAAAGGAUGUCCACCACGUGGAUGCAGAAGUAGCUUCGGAAAAGAGAGUAAAACCUGAGUCACCUGUAAGAAAGACAAGCUCCUCUUUCCAAAAUCUCGAUGGCCUGUGUUCUAGGUGCUGCUGUUCUGCUAAGCAAGGACACAGUGAAGACUCUGCAAACACUCUGAAGAAAGAUCACGGGGGACAAUCCAAGAGACCCAAAAUUUAUUUUGGGACCCGCACACACAAGCAGAUUGCUCAGAUCACUAGAGAGCUCCGAAAGACAGCUUACUCAGGGGUCCCAAUGACCGUUCUUUCCAGCAGGGAUCAUACUUGUGUUCAUCCUGAAGUAGUGGGCAACUUCAACAGAAAUGAAAAGUGCAUGGAACUACUGGAUGGAAAACAGGGAAAAUCCUGCUAUUUUUAUCAUGGUGUCCAUAAAAUUAGUAAUCAGCAGACAUUGCAGUCUCUUCAGGGGAUGUCCAAAGCCUGGGACAUAGAAGAGCUUGUCAGCCUCGGGAGGAAACUGAAGGCAUGUCCCUACUACACAGCUCGAGAGCUGAUAGAUGAUGCUGACAUAAUCUUUUGUCCCUACAACUACCUCUUGGACGCACAAAUAAGGGAAAGUAUGGAUAUAAAGCUGAAGGAGCAAGUUAUCAUUUUAGAUGAAGCGCAUAACAUUGAAGAGUGUGCUCGGGAAUCAGCAAGCUACAGUGUAACAGAAGUUCAGCUUAGGUUUGCACGGGAUGAGCUAGAUAGUUUGGUCAACAGUAAUGUAAGGAAGAAAAGCCAUGAGCCCCUACGAGAUGUGUGCUAUAACCUCAUUAAUUGGCUAGAAACAAAUUCUGAACAUCUUGUAGAAAGGGACUAUGAAUCAUCUUGUAAAAUUUGGAGUGGAAAUGAAAUGCUCUUAAAUUUGUACAGAAUGGGCAUCACCAAUGCUACUUUUCCCGUUUUGCAGAGACAUUUUUCAGCUGUUCUUCAAAAAGAAGAAAAAGUCACAUCAGUCCAUGGUAAAGAGGAAGCAAUACAAAUACCUAUUAUUAGUGCUCCAACUCAAAUAAUGCUCAAAGGACUCUUUAUGGUGCUUGACUAUCUCUUUAGAGAAAAUAGCAGAUUUGCAGAUGAUUAUAAAAUUGCUAUUCAACAAACUUAUUCCUGGACAAAUCAGAUUGCUAUUUUUGAUAAAAAUGGGGUCUUGGCUCUACCAAAAAAUAAGAAACAUUCACGACAGAAGAUUGGAGUUAAUAUGCUAAACUUUUGGUGCUUAAAUCCAGCUGUGGCCUUUUCAGAUAUUAACAACAAAGUACGAACCAUUGUUCUAACAUCAGGAACACUGUCACCGCUGAAAUCCUUUUCAUCCGAGCUCGGUGUUACAUUUAACAUCCAACUAGAGGCUAACCAUAUCGUCAGUAACUCACAGGUUUGGGUUGGUACUGUUGGCUCGGGCCCUCAGGGUCGGAAUCUCUGUGCUACCUUCCAGCAUACGGAAACAUUCGAGUUCCAGGAUGAAGUGGGAAUGCUUUUGUUGUCUGUGUGCCAGACUGUGAGCCAAGGGAUUUUGUGCUUUUUGCCAUCUUACAAGCUGUUAGAGAAAUUAAGAGGCCGUUGGGUUUCCACUGGCUUAUGGCAUAGUUUGGAGUCAGUGAAGACAGUCAUCGCAGAACCGCAAAGAGGAGAAAAAACUGAUUUUGAUGAAUUGCUGCAGGUGUACUAUGAUGCCAUCAAGUUCAAAGGAGAAAAAGAUGGAGCCCUUCUCAUAGCGGUUUGCCGUGGCAAAGUGAGCGAGGGUCUGGACUUCUCCGAUGAUAAUGCCCGUGCUGUCAUAACAGUAGGAAUUCCUUUUCCAAAUGUGAAAGAUCUUCAGGUUGAACUAAAACGACAGUACAAUGACCACCAUUCAAAGUUGAGAGGCCUUUUGCCUGGCCGUCAGUGGUAUGAAAUUCAAGCAUACAGAGCCUUAAAUCAGGCUCUCGGCAGGUGUAUUCGACACAAAAAUGAUUGGGGAGCUCUUAUUCUAGUGGAUGAUCGUUUUAAUAGCAACCCAAACCGCUACAUAUCGGGGCUUUCUAAAUGGGUGAGGCAGCAGAUUCAGCACCACUCAACCUUUGCAAGUGCCCUGGAGUCCUUGACUGAGUUUUCCAAAAGGCACCAGAAAGUUACUAAUAGAGCCAAAAAAGACAAAAAGUGUAUAAAAGACAAGGAGUCUACUCUGGAAGUGGCCCGUUUGGAGGAUAGCACUCUUACAAGUGUGUCAAAAGCAAGUCCUCUGUCGCCAGGAAGUUCUAGGGAAGAAGCGGCAGAAGUGUGUGUCCAGGAGCUGCAGAGUCCAAAAAUGGCUGCCCAAAACCCGUCAGUACUGAGUCACGCUGUCUCCAGCAGGAAGAAAAGUGAUCCAGUGCUAAGAGGCGAAUCUGUUCAAACAGUGAAAACAGAGAGAAAUGUCAUUUCCAGAUCCUCCAGCCCCACUUUCGGGAAGCAAACAGAACCAGUCAGCUGGCCUGUCUUUAGUUCUCUGAGCCGGCACUGCACUAGGAAAGUAAAGAAUCACACACCUGUGCUUGUGUCUUCAGAGAGCCACGCCUCUGGUUCUUCCGCCUUCAAGACAGAAGAUAAAACCGCUUUGCCACUCACGGGUGAAUGUGUGACCUCAAACGAAGCAGCUGAGACAUCGUUCACAGCUCACCUUCAGUCAGAAAUCGUGAUUUCGUCAGUGGAGGUUGACGUGACUCCUGCUAAGAACCAUUCCAGACAGUUCUUCUGCCCUGAGAAAGACCACCAUCCGGAUAGGGACUUGCCUGCAGGAAGUGAAGAAGAAGCCAAGCAUGCCAGUUCAAAUAAAGCUACUGAAGCAGAAGCACCUGAGGACGACUCUCUGUGUUUCACACCUGAACUCUUUGAUCCUGUUGACACCGAUGAAGAACACGGGGACCUCAGGGAAGCCGAUAGAUCCAGUAAUGAUUCGGAUUGUUUCUCAGCUGAAGACCUCUUUGAAACUGGAACUGGAUUCGGGCAGAAAUGAGAGUCGAAGGCCCACAGAACCAAGUUGAAUGGAGGCGUGCCCGGUGGGAGAGAACAAAGCCGACAGCUCGUCUAAGCGAAUUGACCUGGGGAAGCUCGUGCACAGGCGUGAGGACCUGGAAGCAGUAGUGAGGGGCUCCCUGACCUUGGCUAGUGCUGUCAGGAUGUGGUCAAGCCUCCUUGUGUAAAUAAUAAUUUGUACAGUGGGGAAAUGGUAUAAUUUUAAUUGUUUAGAUAUAUUUUCAUUGUAAGUCCUUAUCAGAUUUGUCUGUUUUAUGUUCAGAAAUACAAGUUUUAUUCUAGAAUUUUAAGUAGGUAAUCCAUACAAAGUACUUCCUCUAAUGUCUAGUUUCCUGGGCACUUUCAGUUUCACAAAAUCACUCAUGUUUUAUAGUUCACUUAUUGUGAUUUCAUACGAAUAUACAGAGAUUAAUCCCAGUUGAGUCUAGCCACACUUCAGCCAUAUGUUACUGUAUGUUUUAAUGCAAAUUCAUAGAUGUUUUUGGAAAUCGUAGUUUAUCUCCAAAAGCUUGCUGUUUCAUUAACCUGCCUGAGAUUGGACGUAGCGCACACAGCUGCUUUCCCAGCAUGUGGAAGACUGAGGCUCUGGGCCUACUUCAAAGUCAAAAGAAAAAAAUUGUUUAUAACUCGUUUAUUAGAGAGAAAAAGGUAAGAGUAUGCAUAUUUCAUUGAAUUUGGGGUCUUUUUGUUUGCUAAAACUAAAAUAUCAGAAACAAAAUUAUAUGCAGUUAUAGAAUGCCAUUUGAAAUAUUGCAAAUAUCAGUUCUAAAGAAAGACCUCCACCUGGACAGUGAAUUGUCUCCAGGAAGUGAAGAAGAAGCCAAGCAUGCCAGUUCAAAUAAAGCUACUGAAGCAGAAGCAGAGGACGACUCUCUGUGUUUCACACCUGAACUCUUUGAUCCUGUUGACACUGAAGAAGAACACGGGGAACUCGGGGAAGCUUCACUGUCAUCAGAGAAAGGGAUGUGCCUCACCCUCUGGUCUCCACACACACGUGUACACACACUCAUGUACACAUAUGCAUGUGCACACAUACGGAAAUAAUACACAGAUACUAGCAGUGCCAGAGAUGUGAUACAUUCUGGUAUAAAGUUUUAAUUCUUUAACUAUUACGAUGGAAAACUUGGCAUGUAAAUUUAGUAAAUAAGCAGAUGUUACAUAUAUAUAUACAUAUACACAUAUUUAAAACAGUCUCUGAAAUACGCUCCCUGAAAGAACAGGAUUCUACUGUGAAUUUUGAGUGUGUGCAAGUUUUAGAGAGUGAAACUGUGUAUCUAUAAAAUAUUUAUAAAAGAUGGCCACCUCUGACAUUCCAAAAUUACAUCCACUGAUUUUUUUCCCCAAAGAAUGGGCAUUAAGACUCUUUAGGGUGAUUUGAAUUGAGAGAGUAGUAUGUGUAUGGACAUCAAGCCCAGGGCCUCGCAUGCUGAGUAGGCGUUCUAGCAUUGAGCUGUAUCCAGCCUGAACUGAAAUUUUAUAAGUGUUCAACUUCUCUGCAUGGUUUAUUAACAAAUCAAAAUUCCCAGUCAUUAUAUUUUUAUGUUCUUUCGCGUAAGCGAGUUAUCACGUAUGCGUGUGUUUGCUUUAAUUUUAAUAGCAUUUCGAUUUGGUACAUGGAAUUUGAAUUGACAGCUUACCAAGUAAGGAAUUUAUCUGUGGAUUUAGCUGAUUCCUACAUUGUUUUGAAAGAAACCAUUCCCCCUGUUGUGGCUCUUAAGUCAUAGAUAGGGGUAGUAGCAGGCCCUGGAAAGAAUGUGUGGCAGAAGACAGAAACGGCCUCUGCUCCUGGUUACAUGGCAGGACCAUGCCUUCAAAGGGUUAGCUUCAUUUAUAAAAUAUAGGCUUUAAUACUGGAAAGGCUUGGCAAAUACUUUUAGGCAUUUAAAGGAAUAGCUGUUGUUAUUUUAUUCUGAGUCAGUUUUGUUCCAAAAUGCUUAAAAUGAAGCAUACAAUUGUAUAGAAAAGGUCAGAUGACUGACUUAUCUACAUUCUGGGAACAUACGUAUGUGUAUAGUGACUUAGAAAGCUGGAUAUUUGUUUUAACUGAUGCAGUUUAAACAUUUCUGAUACCUUUGGAGUUGCCCUUUUUCCGUUUUUGAUGUUUGAUUGGGUGUUUUGGUUUUGGUUUUGAGACAGGAUUUCAUGUAUUCCAUUCCGGCCUUGAACUCCCAGUUCCCCUGUCUCCAUCUCCCAAGCUCUGGGUUUACAGUGUAUCACACUCAGCUUGAAACUGCCUUGAGAAGAAUCGUUAAACUACGGGGAAAACAUCAAACCCAUCACUUUACAGUUGGGUACCCAACUUAAUCACAAAUACCACCUCUUUUCCUACAUGAUUUUUUUCCCAAAAUCUACUACUCUCUGCACAUUACUAAGUAGUUUUCAGAGAUGUUCCACAAGCUCUCAGUAUUUCAAAAAUGUUUAAUUUUUUUUAUACAAGAAUAAUACUGUAAUAGAUCAGAGGGUCUCCUCAGAUCAUCAUUCUGAACAAGAUGAUCGUCCCAAAAGUAAGCUGCUGGCCUUUUGAGAGUAGGAGAUAGGCUGUUUUUGCUAGUGAUAACAAGAGAUGCUUUUAGAGUUAAAAUUGAAACAUAGAAGGUCAUGUAAAAGAGUACCUGACAUAUAGCAAAUCACAGUCAUUAGUGAGGUCCCUGUGCCUCUGCAGUACCCCUGGCUUCUAUGAUGCCUUCCCUAACUAUGGACAAAUCAACUGGCAGUAAUAACUGUAAAAGACACAAAGAAAAAUUCUUUUACUGGUUUACUUUUUGAAAUUUUUUAAAAUAUGUAGUAGAAAUUAUCAAGUAGUUUGUCUUAAAUGUUUAAGACACAUGAAGUAAUACCUUAACAUUGCAUUUAUCCAAGGGUUGAAGGUAUGUACAGCACAUGGGCCAUGCACCAUGAACUCUACCAGUGGGAGAAUGGCCAUUGUUGAUGAAAGAAAGGUCCAUGUAAAGAGUAGAUUCUUCUCAUGACUCAGUAGGUGAGUUUUAGAUGAACCACUGACAGCUUUCUCCAAUUGUGUAGGAAGUUAAUGAGAACUCUAAACUAUAGUCUUACUGUGCGUUGUAUUCUUAUAUGGCUUUGAGACCUGGGUGCUGUUUCUGUGUUUCCAUAAAACUUUACUCCUCUUGUGUUGUUUCCAUUCAAUACAUUAUUAAAAAAGAGCCAUUUUUACAUUUUUCAAAAAUAGGACUUUGCCAUGUUUUCUGCUUAUAAUAAAAUGCAUUUGAAGUAUUUAAUCUUUUAGAAGUGCUUAUAAACGUCUCUGUGCAAAGUGCCUGUUAUGACAUCACUUGAAGGACUGGCUGUCAUAGCCAUCAGGAGCUAAUGGUAUUAUUUUUAUAUUGGAUUGCCACACGAUUCUCACCUCUCUUUAAUCUUAGCUUUCUCAGUGAGCUACACAGAAACUUGAUUCUUUAUAAACUUUUGGUAGUCUUGUCUAUCCGCAUAGUAAAGGCACUGCAUUCUUUUGUAAAGAAGUAUUUCUAGUGAAAUAUUUCAUAAUUAAAAAAAUGUAAGGCUACAUCAGACAGUGCAUGCAUAAGGAGACUAAAGCUUCCUUGUGAAAUAGCCGUCCUAUGAAACAAUGAAGGAUAUCACAGGAAAGGGUUAUUUGGAACAAAAAUGACCAAUGCUAUAAUCCACCCGGCUUAAAUGAUUUUCAUGUCUUUUUUAUCACAGUUGUUUAGUAAGGUUUCCUUGGAUGGGACCAUUAGUGGCCUGGCUUCCUGUCUCACUCUGGAGCUUACAGUGUCCAUGGGCUCUGAGCCACUGGAUCACUUUAUUGGAAAGGCCACUUUUUACCUUUAGUAACCCAGUGCUCUUGGACUAGAUCCAAAAUAACCCAUCUUAUACCAAAUUCCACUCUAAUAAACAAUUUUAAUUGCAUUAGAAAGGAAACGUUACAGGAAAUUGCUUGUUCCAGAAAUGAAUCUUUGAAAAUCUAAUAGUAAAUACUGGCUAAAGGAAUAUUUUUAAAAAUAAUUUUUAGCACAUUUAUUGAGACAAAAUGUCAGUAAAUUUUGGGGUUGGGCUUGAACACAGGAUCUUCCUGCCUCAGCCUCCCAAGAGCUAAGAUUGCAGGUAUGGCUAAGAUUUUCGGAGCUGGUUGUGUAGCUCAGUGGUAGAAUUCAUGCUGAGUAAAAGUCCUAGGUUCUAUCCCCAGCACCCCCAAAACAUAGUAAAAGUUAUGCGUGUGUGUGUGUGUGUGUGUGUGUGUGUGUGUGUGUGUGUGUGUGUGCAUAUAUAUACAUGGGUGCUGGAACUAGAGCUUCGAUCCUGUGGAAGAGCAGCCAGUGCUUUUAGACACUGAGCCAGCUCUCCAGCCCAAGAUUUUAUUAAUUAUUUCCCUAACGUUAUAUAUUAUAUAUAUAUAUAUAUAGUGUGUGUGUAUAUAUAUAUAUAUAAAAUGCUGACUUCUGCUGUUUUAUAGGUUUGGACACAGUCUCAUGCAGCUCAGGCUGGCUUUAAUUUGAUAUAUAGCUGAAACUGGGCUUGAACUCCUGAGCUUCCUCUUUGUACCGAGUGCAGGGGUGGUAGGCAUGUGCCGCCACACCCAGCUUGAGUGGAACAGUCCAGUAACGAUGUGUGUCUUGUCUCUCACUUGUGUUUACUUCAUUUGACCGACUUCUGGACUCUUAACUUUUCUUUUUUCCAAAUUCUUGUCCUAAAUUUUAUUCUCCCAGUCUUUUUUCAGUCAUAUUAUUAAACCUUUAUCUCUUUAAUUUGGGCCAGAAUUUUCUUUACAAUAAAGAAUGUACCUUUAUCUACAAAAGGGUGUUGUGUUUCUGCAGUUUUGAGAUAAGCAGCAGUAAUCUGAUGUAGUUGGAUUCUAAAUUGUGAAUUGGAUGUCAGCUAAUUGAUUAGCCAUGAUAUCAGACGUUUUGUAAAAGCCUUGCAUUCCUAUUACUGCCCUGCAACAAGAUUAAUUUUAUUCUGUUUACAUCCAAAGAAAAUAGUUACUAUAUAUCAUAUUUUGUACAUUGAAAACAUGUUAUGAUAUGCAAUCCAUUAUUUCAUUGCAUGAUAUACAAUUAGUUGACAUUGUGACUCUUCUCCUAGGGAAUAGCUUUCCAUACGACUGCUAUUUAUGUACCCAUCCAUCUAACAUACUUUGAGAGUCUACUUUGCAUCUAGAGCUGUGCUACACCCAGAAUACCAAAGAUAGCUGAAAGGAUCAUCUCCACCAGUUUACGUCGUAGUUCACAUAGCAGUAGACAUGGUGAAAGCUGGAAUGAGAACAGGGCACUCAACUAUUUUGUUGAGUGUGGGCAUAUAUCAGGAUAUAUGUGUUAAGAUUAUACUAGGUCUGUAAACAAUUUGUUUAACAUAGGAAACAUCUUAACAUUUGUGUGUGUGUGUGUGAUGUUGGGAGUACAGCGGUUCAAGGACAACUUGCAGGAGUUAGCUCUAGCCCCCAUCGUAUGGGUCCUGGGAAUCAAACCAGGGUCGUCAGAUUUAACAGCCUCCUGAGCCAUCUCACCAGCCCUUGACGUGUUUCCUGUAAUUUUUAAAUUGGAUAGCGUGCUUACAGUCCUGCAAUAUAUUCUUGAAUUCACAAGAUCCACUGCUUCCCCUGAUCAUGCCUUCAGAUCUUGUAGCACCCUCUGCAUGGCGUUGUUAACUUCCCUGAUGGGGACAAAGCAGGAGAAUAGCAGAUCUAAAACCCUUCCCUACGGAGAUGCUGCUACACCGAGCUGUACAGCAUUGGCUUGUUUGGUUAUUGCAGCAUCCUGCCAGAGUCAGUAACGCAGGUGAUACUUCAUUAUAGUAAAUUUGAGGUAACCAAGGUCCAGAGAGACUUGAUGCUCAGCCCACAGUUAUAGCCGUAGCAACACACCACAUUGUUUUUAAUGUAGUUUACCUCAUGCUGACUUUCUCAAGCCGCUUUUAGGCUAAAGCACAGUUGCAGAUAACCAAAAAGUGAAUGAGUUGAUAUACUACUAAUGAAGACAUUCAGCCGCA